AUGGCUCGCUCAACACCGCCUUACCGAAUGUUUUUCGCUGCCUGGGUCGUCGCCGGUCUGUCAAUCUGUCUAUGGCAAAUGAGCCCCCAAAGCCCCUCCCUCGAAAGCCGGACCAUGAUAUUUGACCCCAACACAGAGAUGCAACAAAUCGCUACGUACGCUGAUAACUCUACACUUCCAUCUCUCAUCUCCUCGUCCAUUUCUACAUCCACAUCCACAGACGUUUAA